UACAAAAUUUUCAAGUGUGUUUUGAGCGCCAAGUGGCACAAUGGCGGAUGAUCCCAUCAGAUCACGUUUAUUCCAAUAUCGGCAGGACCGUUCAAGAUUCGCUCGCAUUGUCUAUACAUUGGCCUUCAUCUUCUUCGCUAUAUCAGUAAUACAAUGGAUCAUAAUGAUCGCCGUUGAUGGACUGCGGAACUUCAUUAUUGAUUUUUACUUUAUUUCUAUAAUAGCGCUGCUUAUCAGCAUGUUAAUGGUUACAGCUUUUGUAUUCUUCGAGAAUCUACGCUUUUCAGCGCCAUUAAAUUGGAUUAUCGCCAUUAUAAUAGUUAUCAUGAUGACAUGGGGUCUUUCACGCGCCAUAGUUGAACCGGAACUUUUGCUUUUCGCCGUUACUGUAAUAGUGGUACUAGUUUUGGCCCUGGUUUUUAUAUUAAUUGGAGUAUUCAUUAAUCACGAUUUUACAUUGGAUGUGGUGAUAAUGUUUGUGGCUGCGGUUAUAUUUUUUAUUACAUCAGUAUUCUUGGUGAUGCUGCAACUAUUGUCGGGCGUUAAGAUAGCCUUUUACUUAUAUUCGUUAUUCAUUAUAAUAACCGUACUAAUGUUCCUCAUGUACCACGCACAAACUAUAAAUGGCUAUCGAUAUGCUGAAAUGCGGAUCAAUGAUUAUUUGCUGGCCGCACUCAUUAUCUACCACGAUAUGGUGCUCUUGCUGAUCAUGUCUUUCUACUUGAUCGCCAAAAUAUUUGCUUUAGCAGGUGGCACGGGACUACUAAGUCUGAGAGGCGAUUCAUGGUGCGUAUUUUGCAUAUACAUAUCUGUGGAAAUGAAACCGAAUCUGAGCGAUCGGCUGACUACGGCGGCAGAGAGACUUAUCCACUUUUAGCAAGCGAAUAAUGGCUGCGCAAUUUUUCUUUUUAAACUAUGCGCAUAUGUAAAUCGUCGCUGUUUUGCUAUAUAAAUUGUAAUGUAAUUUGUACUUGCUAUAUGUUUGCUGUAUAUGUAUAUAGUCGGUGUAUAAAUAUACAUAAGUAUAU